GGAUGGGCCAACUGCAAUGGGAAAAGCCUCCUGCACGCGCCAAGUUCCCUUCCAAGCAACAUCACUGGUCUGGACCUCUCCUUCAACCACCUGGUCGUGCCUCAGCAUGGGACUCUCUUGAUGCAUUUCCCUUCCCUGCACUCCCUCAACCUCUCUAGCAAUGCCCUGCUGGCGCUGAGCCCAGCAAUCUUCUCCAACCUCGGAGCACUGCGUCUGCUGGACCUGAGCAGCUGCAGCAUUGCCCAUCUCCACACAGAUGCUUUCAAGGGCCUGGGAAACUUGCACACACUGCUCCUAAGGAACAACAGUUUGCAAGAGCUUGAAGUCCCUUUCUUCCUGUCACUGAAAGCUCUUUUCCACCUGGACCUGCAGCACAACGCGCUGGUGUCUGUGGACGCUAUGAGCCUGCAGCUGAUGGAGGCAGUCCCACAGGUCCGGCUGGAAGGGAACCCCUGGGUCUGCAACUGCACCGCACACCCUCUACAGCAGUGGCUAUGGCACAGGCAAGCUGUGCAGGUGACCUGCGCAUCGCCCCCAUGGCUGCGGGGCCGGGAAGUUGCAGCUCUGGAUUCCCAGGACCUGGGCUGCCGGAUGAAGAAGCGUUUUCCUCGGGGGCUCAGCACAGCACAGCAGAUCACAGUAACCCACAGCAACACCACCACACCGCCCGCUGGGAAAGCGGGAAGGAGCUGGCCGUACCUGGUGGGCUUCGUGGUGGCAGCAAUUGGCAUCUCCAUCCUGAUCGCACUGGCUGCCAAGUGCAAGCUCUUCCACAAGAACUUCACCAGCUACCGCCACCGGCCACUUCCUGAAACCAGCUCUGUUGGAGGCAGCCCCAUGGAGGACGGCAGCAGCUGGGACAGGGGCUUCUCAGGCAGGGAGACCUGCGAGAGCCACCCCAUACCCGGUGCUGCUGACCUCCAAGGUGAGGAUGACGAUGGCUUCAUCGAGGACAACUACAUCCAGCCAAGUGAGCAGCUACCAGAGGAAGAGGAGCAGGAGUCACAUCUCUCCAUCUGA